CGACAACAUGGACACUGUUUGUUGUGAAGGCUGCCUGACACUCUCACGCACUAGAGGAGAGGUUACCAACCUUAAAGAGAAUAUCCGCAGGCUUUCUGAGGAGCUUCAGAAGAAGGACCUGAUGCUUUCCAGCUUCAUCGACUUGGCAGCCUCUCAGUCUAAGAGGAUCACGGCUAUGCACUCCGAUAUCUCAGAUACCUUGCUGUGGGAUCCUUUACGGCCCCGACACUCCUCCUGCUCGACCCCAAACCCUCGGGAGUCCUGGGCUGAGGUUUUGGUGAGCAGUGGAAAACGCAGUGGGAGACUAUCUGGGUCUCCCCCACCGCUUCUCCUCCCAAAUCAUUACUGGGCACUGCAGGACGAUGAUCUGAGUGAAGUUAAUGAGACCUCUUCGGUGUCUGUCCGAGCCCCCACCGAUCCUGUCAGCUGCACACCUGAGUCUGCUAAGCCUCCCUCUGAUGCAACCGUCGCUGCCGCUGCCUCCUUUUCUCCGAACAUCAUGGCUCCUGCCACAUCCUCUGUAAAAGACGAUGCUACCUCUGCCCCUUCUCCACCUGUUCUGGCACUCUCCUCUUCAUCCUCUGCGGCGUCAUCUUCACCUGUUGCCGCUCCUGCUGCUGUCUCCGUAGGACAACAAAGCAAACAACGGGGUAAGCUCUCCUCCCAUCGCAGAAGGCUGCUGGUGGAAGCUGUAAACAGACGCUCCGGCGGACUCCCCCGCACUCAGGCGGAGCGUUCGCCUGCCCUGACCGCGCCGCCUCAGUCGGUGAGUCCACUCUGCCCUGACGUCACCAGACACGCACGGGUUCGCACUGUCGGCACUCGGGCUUCACCCCCUCGUCCACUUUUCUCACCUACGACUCUGAUAAUCGGCGACUCCAUAAUAAGGAAUGUACGGUUUUUCAAUGCCACCACUCUCUGCCUCCCUGGUGCUACUGUCCCCGUCAUCUUAGAAAGGCUCCGGAAGACUCUGCCCUCUCUUCCCACCACCAUCACUCGCCUUAUCAUUCAUGUGGGCACAAACGACACCUCUCGACAACAGUCUGAACUGACCAAAGAGCACUUCAACCAACUUUUCAAGCUCUUAAUACAAACUGGUAAAUCCAUCUUCAUCUCCGGACUCACCGCGCCUCUGUCCAACGCCGCUCGUUUCAGCAGAACCCUCUACCUCCACCACUGGCUGCAGUCCACCUGCAGGGCUCACGAUGUGGCCUUCAUUGACAAUUUGAAUCUGCUCUGGAACCGCCCUACCCUACCGUCCAAAGGUCUGCUCCUCCAUCCUCCCAGCUCUCUCUGUGAUCAACAGCUCCCCCCACUGGCCUCAUCCCUCGUUCCCACAUUCACUGACAUUGUCUGCAAUAGAAACUCUCAUUACAAGAAGGCAUCCAGAUAAAAACAAAAUCACUAAAUCUGUCAAUUUUUCAAAUUUGUCAACCAUCCCCUGUCAGCCACUCCCUCACCCUUCACUCCGUAUAACACCACAUCAUAACCUGAAACUGGCCUUGCUGAAUACUCGCUCCCUCAACAAUAAAAGCCUCAUUCUCCAUGACCUCAUAACCGACACCAACCUGGACUUCCUAUGUCUCACCGAAACCUGGCAAAAACCCUUGGACUAUUUCUCACUAAACCAAACCACACCCACAGGAUACACAUACACGGACAAACCCCGCCCCGACGGGGUGGUGGUGUUGCAGCCGUUUACAGGAAGGACAUUAAAACUACCACCAUUCCCAUCCCUGCAUUUGACUCAUUUGAACACAUUGCUUUCAAACUCUUUGGUCCCACUCCCCUAGUCACUGCUGUAAUCUACCCCCCCCCCGCCAAACCAAACCCUUCUUUUUUCAGUGAUUUUCAUGACUUUCUGUACCGACUCUGCUCCAUCUCAACUUCUGUUCUGCUCCUUGGGGAUUUUAACUUCCACGUCGACGACACUCAAUGUAAAACUGCCAAAGAAUUCCUGGACCUUCUUCACUGCCUCAACUUCACACAGCAUGUCAAUUUCCCCACUCACAGCCGCGGCCACAUUCUGGACUUGGUCUGCUCCACUGGUCUCACAAUCCAUCAACUGUCAAGUCUCAACCUCAACAUCUCCGACCAUCUGGCUAUAAACAUGGACAUUCUCAUCCCUCUUCCCACUCCGAAACAAAAACGAAAGAUCUCCUUCAGAAACAUAAAAUCAGUCGACCCCUCAGCUUUCUCAGCCUCUAUUUCCAGCAAAAUCUCUUCCUCCCCUCCCCCCCAAUUUAAUAACCCCUCUGAACUCAUCACCUACUAUAACAACACACUCUCCUUCUGUCUGGAUCAACUGGCUCCCAUCAAAACUAAAACUGUCUCAUUCACACACUCUGCACCCUGGUACACUCCCGAACUCCAGAAAAUGAAAACCCGUAAACGCCAGCUUGAAAGACUCCACAAGAAAACCAGUUUAACAGUUCACUUCCAAUCAUACUCUGACUACCUCAAACAAUACAUGGAAGCUCUCAGCGCAGCCCGGUCCCCCUAUUACUCACACCUCAUCCACUCAGGCUCAGCCAUCGCGCCACUCAUAACAUCAAUCAUCAACUCCUCCCUCUGCUCUGGUUCAGUACCCAAAACUCUCAAACUGGCAGCCGUCACCCCUAUCCUCAAGAAACCUGGACUCAAUACGGACAGCAUGUGCAACUUCUGCCCCAUCUCCAACCUCCCCUUCCUCUCAAAAAUACUGGAACGUGUUGUCGCCUCCCAGAUCAAAUGCCACCUCUCCUCCAAUAACCUAUUUGAACCAUUCCAGUCCGGCUUCCGUUCCCAGCACAGCACAGAAACAGCUCUCCUCAAAGUCACCAACGACCUCCUCCUCUCCUCAGACUCUGACCUCCUCAACAUCCUCAUCCUCCUUGAUCUCACUGCAGCCUUUGACACCAUCAGUCACAGUAUUCUUUUAUCCCGCUUAGAACACUCACUCAACAUCACUGGCACUGCUCUUUCCUGGUUACAAUCCUACCUCACCGACAGACAACAGUUUAUCAACAUCAAUAACUGCUCCUCCUCCAUAGCUCCUUUGUCCCAAGGCGUCCCCCAGGGUUCGGUGCUUGGUCCCCUCCUGUUCAUCAUAUACUUGCUCCCCCUUGGUAACAUUAUCCGCCAGCAUGGUCUCCAUUUCCACUGUUAUGCCGAUGACAUCCAGCUCUACAUCUCCACCAAUUCAAUCACCACUGAAACCCGCUCUACCCUAACGAACUGCCUCAAUGAAAUAAAAACAUGGAUGCACACCAAUUUCCUCUCUCUUAACUAUGCAAAAUAAUAAUAAUAAUAAUUAUCGGCCCUAAAUCCCUCACCACUUCCAUUCACAACUUCUCCUUCAUAAUAGACAACUCCACUCUCUCCCCCUCCCCU